AUGGCCACGGAACAGACAAUUGACCCUUACAAUGUCUCGGGCGGAGUGGACGAACACGGCAACGCCAAAGCCAUCGACUACGACCGUCUGAUUGAGGAAUUCGGCACCCAACGAUUGACCCAAGACCAUAUCACUCGCUUUGAGAAAGUCACCGGCCGUAAAGCUCCCAAAUUGAUGCGACGAGGCCUCUUCUUCUCCCACCGCGACUUUGACAAGGCAUUGGAUUACUACGAGAAAUAUGGCACCUUUAWGCUCUACACCGGCCGGGGUCCAUCCAGUGGCAGUGUGCAUCUCGGUCACACCAUUCCCUUUCUCAUGACCAAGGAAUUGCAGGAAAUCUUUGAUGUUCCGUUGGUGAUAAUGCUGACGGACGAUGAGAAAUAUCUGCAUGCCAUGGACAAGAACAAUGGGGUGAGAAAGGAAGGCUCUUCCCCCGAAGACUUCAUGGCAUACGCAGAGGAGAACAUCAAGGACAUCAUCGCUCUGGGAUUCGAUGUGAAAAAGACCUUCAUCUUCUCCGACUUCGACUACAUGGGUGGCCACUUUUGGCGCAACACGAUCGAAUUCUCCGCCCUCAUCAGCAACAACCAAGUCCGUGGUGCCUUUGGCUUCACCGGAGAGACCAACAUUGGCAAGAACUUUUACGGCGCCGAGCAGUGUGUCGCCGCAUUCCCCUCUUCAUAUCCCGAGUUGUUCGGUCUGGCAGAUUACGUGCGUAAGAGAGGUCCCGAAGGAAGACGCCGCCACAAAGCCCUCUCCAAGAUUCCCUGCCUCAUUCCCUGCGCCAUCGAUCAGGAACCCUACUUUCGAAUCCUCCGCGCAAACUCUGAACGCAUGACGGAUCCUCACCCCAAGACCUCGCUCAUCCUGUCCAAGUUUCUGUCAGGACUGCAAGGCCCAACCAGCAAGAUGAGUGCUUCAGACCCCAACUCCGCCAUCUUCAUGUCCGACACCCCAAACGAGAUUAAGAAGAAGAUCAACGCUUCCUUUUCCGGCGGCCGCGAAACCGUCGAGGAACAGCGGAAGUUGGGAGGCAAUCCCGAUGUGGACGUAGCAUACGCCUACCUCUCCUACUUCCUCGAAGACGACGCCGAACUCUCCGACAUUGAACAGAAAUACCGCAGCGGAGAACUCCUCACCGGCGAGUUGAAGAAGCGCUGCAUCGAAGAACUCCAGAAAUUCGUAGCAGAUUUCCAAACGCGCAGAGCACAAGUCACAGAUGAAGUACUGAACAGCUUCAUGGAGGAUAGGAAAUUGGAGUAUGGAGGUAACCCGCACCCCACACAUCCAGGAGAGGAUCCCGCGAGUCAGGAAUCUUCAGCAGCUCCCACAUCCUCCACAGUCGCGGGAACGAAACUCUCGGAUGGGAAUGUGAUUAGCAGUGGCAAGAGCGCGGAGAAGAAGGCUGCGAAAUUGGCCAAGAUUGCAGAGCAGAAGGCUGCCAAGGAAAAGGAGAGAUUGGCCAAGGAGGCGGAGAAGCUUUCGCUGAAGGAGUAG